AUGAAGAGCGACGUACAAGUGAUAGAAGAGAGAGAAGGGCUCCAGCUUCUUCCCAAGUUUACGAAAGAAGAAAUGGAAGAGUUAAAAGGAUCAGCAGAAUUUCUUGGCAUAAACUACUACUUAACCGAAGCAGUAUGCGAAGGCAACGGACCAUCGCUUCUGGAAAUUGACGCUCAUAUCGAUUACAUCGAAGGCCCGUGGGAGAAGAUCGCCGGUGACGAAAUGUGGCUACGGUAUGCUCCUGAAGGCCUCUCGGAGCUACUCAACUAUAUCAAGGACUCUUAUAAUGUUCCUGUACUGAUAACCGAAAAUGGCUGUGCUGAUAUUAUAGGAGAUAAGAGCGGAUGCGUUGAUCCGCUGAACGACGAACAUCGGAUUCGUUACAUCAAAGGACACAUAGAAGCAAUCAAAGAAGCUUUGGCCAAUGGGUGCAAUGUUAUUGGUUACACCGUGUGGUCACUGAUGGACAAUUUCGAGUGGCACGAUGGGUUCGCAGUGAGAUUCGGGCUGUACAGGGUUGACUAUGACACUCCAGAAAGGAAACGGUCCAUAAAGAAAAGCGGCGAAUAUUUGAGAGAAUUCCUUGGAAAUAUCAGAGGAGCUCAAAUAUAA